AGAGCAUCAGGGGACACCAGCACUGGGGGUGAGACCUUUCUGACCCUCAGAGUUUGGCUGGACAGAGGGAGCAGGAUGCUCCCAUGCCUAAGUGCCUCCUGAGCGCACUUAGAGAGCCAGGUGGGGUUAGUGGUGAAGGUGCUGGCCUAAAAACCAAGAGAGGGUGAGUCCCUCUCAGAUUGGUGCUUUUGUCCCCAGUUCUGGCAUGUCUUUCCGUGCCUUCACCUGGCUGCAUCUCUACCCUACCUGUCUGCCAGGAAAACCGGCCCUAACAACUGGACGUAGCAGUGCUGUCUUCAGAAAUUCCCAGCCACAGGACAGCAGUCCAUCCAAAAUCCUCCUUGGGGGGGAAAUGUUCAUUUCCCAUCUUGCAUUGAGCCCAUUCACUGCCUGGCUGAUAUGCUCGUCAUUGCCAAGCCCAGGGCAUCCAACUCGUCAGCUAAUCGAGCGAAAGCCUUCCAAAUUCUCCCCUGACUUUCCCCAGGGAUGGUGAAGUGCCCUCCCCUGCCCCACGUGUAAGUUUCCAAAUUCAAGUGAAGUGCCACCUCCUGCAUGAUUCUGUGGCAUUUGUAGACACCUGAAAUUAUGGAGCGUGGCAAAUGCCUCUGUUGUAAGUUUACAAGCAAAUCAAGAGAAUUCCCCUUGCAUUUGACCAAUGGCCGAGCACACCUGCUGCAGAGGUUCAUGCCACUACAAGCAUUGUGCCAGGCCAGCUUUCUUCUUCACCCUGUUUGGAUAAUGUCCUAUCAACACAUCAGGAAUGCUUCUUGGUUGCCCUGGCAGCCAAGCGCUCUCUGCGCUUGGCAGAAAGCGCAGGGCCCAGCUGCCUCCUGGGAGCGCCAGUGUCACACCCUCCAUGCUCCCUUCUCUUGUACAGGACGAGGCCAUGAAGACCCUCUUGCUGGCGCUCCUUGGGGUGGCUUCCCUCUUGCAGCUCACCCUCUCCCUGAGAAUCGGCGCUUUCAACAUCAGGGCUUUUGGGGACAAAAAGCUGUCCAACCAGACCAUCUCCAGCUCCAUUGUCAGAAUACUGACCACCUACGACCUUGUCCUGAUCCAGGAAGUCCGAGACGCUGACCUGAGCGCGGUCAAGAAGCUGAUGCAGCUAGUCAAUGGGGCAUCGCCAGAUCCCUUCGGCUACUUGAUCAGCAAGCCUCUGGGGCGCAACAGCUAUAAGGAGCAGUACCUCUUCGUUUACAGGCAGGACAGGGUCUCUCCAGUGGAGAGCUACUAUUAUGACGACGGCUGUGAGCCCUACGGCAACUUCAGCAGGGAGCCCUUCAUUGUCAAAUUUGCUGUCCCUCAAGCAGCGGUGGAAGAGCUGGUCCUGGUGCCCCUGCACGCAGCUCCCGAAGCCGCAGUGACUGAGAUUGACUCUCUCUAUGACGUCUACCAGGAUGUGAAAGACAGGUGGGGGGCCACGGAUGCCCUCCUCCUGGGAGACUUCAAUGCCGACUGUAACUACGUCCAGGCGGAGGACUGGCCCUCCAUCCGCCUGCGCUCCAGCAAGGACUUCCAGUGGCUCAUCCCAGACACGGCAGAUACCACGGUGACCAACACCAUCUGUGCCUACGACAGGAUUGUGGCAGUGGGUUCAAAGCUGAGAGACAGCAUCCUGCCUGCAACAGCCAAAGUGGACGACUUCCAGAAGACCCUGAAGUUGAGCUCCAAAGAUGCCUUGGCUGUAAGUGACCAUUUCCCGGUGGAGGUGACCCUGAAAUCCACCUGAGCCUUCCAGGCCUAGCCAGCCAGUUCGAAGAAGCCGCUUUGAUUCCCUCAGAGCCUAGCAUGGCUCCCUUCACAGGCCCAGGAGACGGGCAAAACCUCAGCAGGCGCUCUUUCUGACAAACAGAAGCUUAAAUAAUAAAAAGAUUAGUUGCAUUCAAA